UCUUCUUUGGUAUUGUGGCUUGGAUCUCGGUGGAUUGCGCUGCUGGGACUUACUCGUUGCUUGCGUUGAAUUGCAUAGUUUUGGGGGUGUUCGGUUGACCAAGUACCUUUGGACACACCUUCGUGCGUUUCGCAUUGCGCCCGUUCAUUACCAUGUCUUUACUAGGUGCUUCCGCCAUGAUGGGCGACAUCUGGUCCACGGGAGCCUUUUCCUUGGAAUCUCCAUUGAAAGACUUGCUCGAUUCUGGCUCCUACACCAUGGAACAGCUACUGGCGGAAGAUGAAUUGUUGCAAGAAUUGCGCGGUGUCCAUCCGAAAUUAAUUUCUUUUUUCUCCACACCCGAAGCGGUGACGAAACUAGUGGAUUACAUUAUGCUAUCUCCGGAUUCUCCCGUUCCCACGGAGGACCUAACAGAGGCGAUUGAAAGUCACUCACAAGAAGCGCAGUUGAACAUUGAGGAUUCUCCAAACGCAUCCCCCGAUCUUGCUUAUGCUGAAGACUGUAACAUUGCAGAGAAUGACCAAACAAAGGAAAAGAAGAGACCAGGAGAAUGGAUGAUGGAGCAUGCCACGGAAUCGUUCGAUGAUGAACCCGAGACUACCGCUGUUGACGACAAGUCCAAACAUCCGGAGCGAGACCCUGAAAUGUUGCAUAUUCGAUUCCCGUUUGUGGCUUGUGAAAUUAUUUGUUGCGAAGUACCCGCCAUUCUCGACACAUUUGUACAUUCAAAUGUGCCAUCCUCAUACACUACCGCCUGGUCGGCGCCAAGCGCUACCACGCCUCUACCACAUCCGGAACAAAUUGUUGAACGAAACGGUGAAGAUGUAGAAAUUGUUGAGCUCAGACCAACACGUAUUCUCGAUCGCCUUUUCGAUGUACUGUUUAAGACACCUCGUGGUGCGCUCGAUGAUUACCGAGCCGGCUAUUUUGAUAAAGUUUUGUCGGUUCUCUUUCGAACUCGACCAGCAGAGAUGACCACAUUCGUGAACGAAGGGGGAUUCCACGGAAAGCUUGAGCUCAUGAAAUCUAUGAUGAAGCACCUCUACGCGCAUUCCGUCAUGCAAAUUGUCCAGCGCUUGUUAUUGCCACAACGACCUAGACCGCAAAUAUCGGAGGACGAAAUCGAUGACGAUGACGAUAUUCAAGAAGGCCUUCUCGUCGAGGGUCUAGAGCAGGUUGGCGAGGAAGACGGAGGUAUUCGAUGCGAUUGGUCACAAACUGGAGAAGCGCUCGAAAUGCUCUUGGCUUGUCUUAUCAACCCACAAAUAGCGGAUCAGAAUGAUACGACUGUGGAUUCCUCUGCUUGCGUGGAACACAGGUUGGAUUUGUCAUUGCACGCCUCGGAGGUUCUCAUUACUGUAAUUCAGAAUUCCAUGCUGUCCUCAGAAACGAUGCUGCGUUUGACUUCGUAUGAGUCGUUGGAGCAACUCUUGCUUGCGGCCACGACCGUUCCGGAAGGUACCUCGUUCAGUCCCCACGAGUCGCUCUUGACCUCAUCUAUGAGUGUGUUGGAGAGUUUGAUUCUGCAGCUGGGAGGUUACGGUGCGGUUGGAACGAUGUCUUUGCUACCGCCUGCCGAAGAAUCCAUUGAAAGCGUUCCUUCAGAUGCUAAGGUAUCCCCGGAAGAUGAGGACUCACUGAUGUCGCCAGAAAGCAAUGGGAUGGUAGGUAGCAAUCAUCUGAUUGCGGACCUGUCGGCUUUCCUCUCGCUUUUACCAAGAUUAUUGAAGGGUAUGUCGAGUCUGCUGCGCCAUCCUGCGGCGAAAGGUUGGACUUCGAUGAUGCAGUAUUCCAUGACAGAACCUCAGCAGCUUCUGGGAACUUCCCGACUGCGCCUCAUUCGUGUGUUGGAAGCCCUUGUAUUAUUGGGAGACCCCGAAGUAGAUGCUCGGCUUACACAAUCGGAUUGUCUGAAAGUUUCUCUUGAUUUGUUUUGGGAAUUCCAGUGGUGUUCUAUGCUUCAUCAGUCCGUCGCCAACAUGUUGGUCCAUGUUUUUGAAGGUCGAAAUGGAAGGGUUGAGAUGCAAGAGUACUUUGUUGUAAACUGCAAUCUUCUCGAGCGACUUAUGGGCUCGUUUGAAACUCAAGUGGCGACUCCCAGGUUAGAAAACGUGGUGUCGAAUAUUUUGGAUGAGAGUAUUACCGUGUCGUCUUCACUAAAUGGUGAAAGGGGAAGCUUGGAUAAACUCCCUGUUUCGGAAGAUGAUAUCGAGGCAGCCUUGGAGCAAGAAGAAGAAGACGCUGCAACAAGGCAGUCGUCGAAUUCUGACAAUAGUCCGAGUAUGGCUUUUGCGAACGAUGAACUGAUUAUGGGAGAGCCACCCAAAAUUGUCGACCAAACUGGGUUGCGCGAAACGUCGACAAUUGGCGGGCACGCCUCGUCGCAAUCUUUUCGCUAUGGCUAUAUGGGCCAUGUUAUCAUUAUUUGCCAAGCACUAGUUCAUGCGUGCUCGAACGAAGUUGAUGAGGAAGAUGCAACGAAUGAGGAUCCCGAUAACGUCAGCAUAACCCAAGAUAGUCUUUUGCUUGCUGAGUUUGUAAACAGUCAUCCAUUAAGCGACAUGUGGGAUGAUUUUAUUACCUCUACCCUGGUGACAGAAACUGCUACCCAGUCAAUGCCUCUAGGUGGAUUUCCUGCAAACGGUAUCGAUCCCCUUCAUUCUCACCGACCUGGAAUGCCCGAUGAUGGAGACGAUGAUGACGGGUCUAGACCGUUACCGCCGCGCGGUAUGCUGGGAGGAGGUGAAGCGAUAGACAUGGAUGACAAUGAUCUUGAUAUUGCUGCAAGUAUGAUGGCUGGAUUAGGGCUUGGUCCGCCAAUACCUACCGAUGAUGGAUCUGGUAGUGAAGGAGACGAUUCUGAUGUAUUCUCUGGUUCUGGUGAUUCCGAAAAAUCGUACAACUCUGGCGAAACAAACAAUGUAGGAGGUGGCUAUGUUUUUGACGAUCCUUUGGGAAAGACGGGUGGUCUUGGCAUUGAACUUGGGAAGCUUACGCAGUACAAUUCAGAAAACGGAUCGAACGAAAUAGUGCCGAGGCCAACAGACGAUGAUGACGACGUCGAUGAGCAGAACGAUUCUUCUGACGAGGAGACGGGAGACAGAACAGAUCGAACCUCUAAGGUACAGAUCAUGGAUUUGUUUGCCGGAAACUUCAACGAAUGCUUUGGCGAACCAACUGUAGAGGCAGUGCCAGAAGCUAACGCUUCUUUCUCGGCAGAUUUUGCAAACUUUGAUGCCGCUUUUGCCGAAGCCGACAUAGAGUCAACUACCGGAGGUACCGUGACCGACGAUGUUUUUGGUGAAUUUUCGAGCGAGCCGGCUUUCGCUGACAGCAAAGACCAUUCCGAGUCGGAAUCAUCUUCUAGAAACUCAGAGAUUGAAGAGAUUUUUGGAAAGGGAGAUCACGUGGCGAUACUUGAAGAAUCGCUUGCUACUGAACUUGUGCCACAAUCAAAGAAGUUGUCAUCACCAGAGCAAGAAACUCAGGUUGAUCGCGAAGAUGGUGAUGACGAUUAUUCUCAUAGGGAUCCAGGCAUAAUUGGUCGUGCGGACCCUGCAAUUGAAAUCGAAAGUCCGGUUAAUGAACUGUCAAUUAGUUUGAGCGGAAACUUCAGAGACGGAGAUGCAUCAAAUGAGCUGGCGCUGGAAAAAAAUCACGAAGCAGAUGCACAAACGCGAGACGAAAUUCAACCUUCUAUUUGCCCGAAGGUCGUUGAGCCAGUCCCUUCUAACGACCAGUAGCAUGAAGGGAUUGCCAGCGCCUUUUUUAUUCCACAAUAUCUGUCAAGUUUCCAUCGUGUUCGUAAGAAGCUGGGGAACUGAAACCGAUGAAUAAUCCGUGAAAAUCUGGUUUGUUGUUUUGGUGUACAUAAGCAUUAUUUAUCAAUGGAAAGGACCUUAGUAUCGUAUCAACUUUUAACCAUAACGCACUACUCUUCAUCAUAAAACGUGGGGAUCUCCGCAUAUGUUGUUUCAAACGUUGAUCCUUGCAAGUUUACACGAUGAUAGACUUCGGCUCCCAAUAUCAGCAUGACUACGGAAACGAGAUUAAGACCGUCGACCGCCGGACCAUAGUUGAACUCGGAGAUCCGCAUAUCGUAACUAUGCAUAGUCAAAACCGCAACUAUAAUGCCUGCGCUGAUACCCCGAUACAUGACCUUGGUUGCUCCGGCGUUGACAAUCUUGUCUACGGCUACACCAACGCAAAUUAUUGAGAUGGCGUGAAAGAUUGCCAAUCCCAAGGUAUGAUCACAUCGAGCAUCUUCGGCGUACUUGGAGAGCUGAUCGUCAUCGCUCAAAAUCCGAAAGAAGCACAGAAGUCCAUCCAGAAAAUUCUCGCUGAAGUCUGUUGAUGGAUACUCUUUCGUCCAGUCUCCCUUGGCACCAAGUCCCA